ACUUAAAGGAGUUACGGUGGAACGAUACUUUCGUUUCGUAUCAGGAAGAAGUGAAAAUUAAAAAAGCGAAGAUGCGGAACGGGGAGAGCCCAGGCUGGGUUUUGCCUCCUCUGACGUCAAGACGGUUUAUAAGCGCUCAGAAUGAGUAAAGAGCUCCUUUUUUACACACGAUGAGCGGCAGAGGAAAGAAAGUCGAUGAGGCGCCAGGUGAGAGACCAGGGGCUAAAGCUCCGGGGUCCGGCAGGAGAAAAAGCUUAGCAAAGGCUGAGGAGCAGAGCAGGGGAAGCGCAGACGUGGAAGCACCCGCGGAGGCGAAGAAAAAGCCGGAGCAAAAGAAAAAGGCAGAGGAAAAGAAAAAUGCAGACAACAAAGCGAGACGCGGUGCGCAGCCCCGGGACACACGACCGCCCGCUUCCAGCGAACCUCUCUGCGCAUUUAACGACCAGCCAUGUACUGCAAAGAGUGCAGAGGGGAAAAAAGUUCCCAGAAGUCCGCCGAAGAAAGGUAACAGCAUGGACGACGAUCCAGCCAGAAUUCUCCAGGACACCCUUGAAAAGUUAAAGAUCAGGAAAAAUCAGAAAAGCGAGGCGACGAAAUGCGUGAAUGACAUCCAGGACGCUAUAAAUAAACAUGUGAAAGCGAGUCUGGGCUGGUGUAAAAGAAUCCAGGUGCUCAAGACAGGAAGCCAUUACGAAAACGUUAAAAUUUGUGAGUGUGAUGAAUUCGACGUGAUGCUGGCCGUCUCCGUGGAGAGAGUGGACAUCCAGCCUUUCGGAGAGGACGGCGCCUUCUACAGCGUGGCAAUGAAGCGCCAUCAGAAACAUCCUUUAGACAGAUUUCUCAACGAAGACAAAACCAUCAGGGCCAGUGAAAUGCUCAAAGAAUUCAGGGAUAAAGUGAAGGAAGCCGCAGCCAAGCUGCCGUAUGUUACCGUCGACAGGAAGAAGCAGGGCUGCCCAGCUGUGACCCUGCAGGUGAAGAAGGAUGACUUGCUCAUCUCUCUGGACUUUGUCCUGGGGCUGGAGGUGCACAGCUCAAGCUGGCCCCCUUUCACAGUGGACGGAUUCAAAAUCGACAACUGGCUUAGCAAAAAAGUGAAAACGGAUCUUAAGCGCAAACCCUAUUAUUUGGUGUCCAAAUACGAGGGCAGAGGCACAAGAGAACAAAACGGGGUCAUCGCCAAGGACGCAUGGCGCAUCUCCUUUUCACAUGUAGAGAAGGAAAUAUUGAAAAACCACGGCCAUUCCAAGACCUGCUGCGAGACCCGACCAUGCUGCAGGAAGCAGUGUCUGAAGCUGCUGAAGUACCUGGUGCAAAGACUGAAGGAGAAGUACCCAAAGGAGGCAGCUAAGCUGUGCUCGUACCAUGCCAAGACCACCCUGCUCCAUGCAUGUGCAAACCGUGUGGAAGACAGCGAAUGGGCUGCUGACCAACUCAGCCACUGCUUCCAGCUGCUCCUCCACGACUUCGAAGAGCACUUGAGGAAACAACAGCUGCCCAACUUCUUCGUCCCCUCGCACAACCUACUGAAGUCGGCCGGCAUAGACAAAAAAAGCUGCAACUUACUGGCCGACUACAUAGAGUACGAGCGCAACAACAGUUUUCCUCUGUUCCGCUGAGUCAAGCUCACUUCAGAUGUGUGUACUUCAUAAAUGUAUACAACUUCAGUACUUAGUGUAGUAAUAGUGUAAUUGUCCAUCUAUUAUUUUAUUUUACUUAAGAUUAUUUUUGUGUCUUUCAUAUAGUGGAAAAUAAAGUUUUUUUUAGAUUCA